GGCGAGCAAAGAACCCAUCAGUCAUUACCAAGCAGGCAUCAGCAAAUCAUCGGCAGCACAACGAAAAAAUGUGUAACAAAUUCACAGUGUUAAGUUUGGCCUAUGUGGUCGUUUUUCUCACGGUUGUGAAGUGUGAUGAUCAAGUCAGUUUUGGCGAUUUGAGCAAAGAGACGGACGUCGGCCGUACGUUCGGUCACAAUGCGCUCAAACGCCUGUCCUUCAUUUUCCUACCGGUGAUGUUCACCCUGGGCGUCAUAUCGACGCUGCUCAUGGCCCUGGCUGUGAUAUCCGUCAAGAACCUGGCUAUUGGAGUGGUUCUCUUGAUCGUCGCAGUCAGUCAGGCUGUCUCACGGUUGUUUGCGGCGACGUCAUCUCCUCUAGUGCUGCACCCUCGAACUGAUGUGCUGCCUGCUCCAGUUGUGCCUGCUCCCUGGCCAGCCUCUGGACCCCUUCUCUCCCCAUGGGCAAGAUCUGAUAACGAAGCCACCAUCUCUGACUAAUUUAUUAUACAUUGACUCGAAUUUGGCUGCACAGAAGGUUAGAUAAUGCCAAGCUCAGAUUUAUAAAAGUUAAACUUUGGCUACCUCAAAGACUAGACAUAACAGACAUGACAAUUGCAUUUAAUUUGUGUAUUAAUUUAAGUAUUUAUUUGACGGGGCUUCAAAGGAAACCCUCACUUCGUCUGCCUCUCGCGAACUUAAUAUAUUUGUGAAAGGUAGACGACGCAAAAAUUAUUUUAAUUAUAUUUAACGACUUAAUAAAUUAAUAUAAAAUUACGUUCUUUUAUUUAUUUUACACAAUUUAUAUUUUUAUGACUUGACGAUGACCUAGCGUCUUUAGGUCUUCAAUUAAACGAUACUAAGUUACAUAUAUAAUCGUGGGUUAAUGUUUCAUAUAUAUUAGCAUUGCUCUUAAAAUUCGUGAGUAUUUUAAUACAAUAUCCUAAAACUAGUGUUAACU